AAGUGUAUACAUGAGCGCUUACUUGACAUCAAACGUAAGGUUUAUGAACUAGCCUUAAUGAAUUGUUUUGGAACUACUGUCAGAUCGUUAAUAAUUGUAAGAUAAUUAUCAUAUUCAUAAGAAAAUAUUUAUGACUAAGUAAAUUUUGGGAAAGUAAAAUUUGAUAAGAAUGUCAAGUAUUACAAUUUCUGCAGUUCGGCCACGGACAAGUAUUCUUGAUAGAUCAUUGAGCAAAGGAAAAGGAGAGGUUAGCUUAAGUUGCUUUGCUCUUUUAUUUUCAGAACUUGUACAAUAUUGUCAAAAUCGAGUUUAUACUGUACCAGAAUUACAAAAUAAGUUAGCUGAAAUAGGUGCCGAGAUUGGACACAGAGUUACUGAUCUUCUUGUUGUAAGAGAAAAAGGUGGGAAACGUGAAAUUAAACUUUUAAAUAUAUUACUGUUCAUUAAAAGUACAUUGUGGAAGUCAUUAUUUGGUCGUGAAGCUGAUAAGUUAGAACAUGCUAACGAUGAUGAACGGACAUAUUAUAUUAUUGAAAAAGAAGCUUUGGUAAAUAAAUUUAUCUCUGUUCCAAAAGAUAAGGGAAGCUUAAAUUGUGCAUCUUUUAUAGCUGGAAUAGUAGAAGCUGUUCUUUGCGAUUGUGGUUUUCCAGCAAAAGUUACUGCGCAUUGGCAUAAGGGAACAACUUAUAUGGUAAAAUUUGAUGAUGCAGUUAUAGCGCGUGAUAAACAACUUGAAGAUCGAUAAUAAAAAAGAUUAUUUAUACAAUUAAUUUUAUUUUACUGUAAUAUGAUAUAAUAAUUACAGUAAACAGGUAAACAUGUAAACAU